AUGGCUUCUCUUUCUUUAACAUGGCCCUUCCCACCAGUCCGCCCCUUCACCAUCCUCCUCCUCUCCUCUCUCCCUCUCGAUCCCCUCCCACUUUUUCACCCCCAUUUUCCUCCACCUCUUUUCUCUCCUCAUCUGCUGCAGCUGGUGCUGAUUGCGUUUUUGAAGUUGUUACUCCUCCCCACCUUUCUUCCUCCUCACUACCCUCCCCUCAACUGCUCAACUGCAAACUCCCUCACAACUCUCCCUCCUCCUCUUGUUUCUCCCUUCACCGGCCCAGCAGCAGACUACCUCGCCGCUAUCCCUCCUCCUCUAGUUUCUCCCCUCAGCGGCGCAGCAGCAGACUACUCCGCCACUAUCCCUCCUCUAGUUUCUCCCCUCAGCGGCGCAGCAGCAGACUACUCCCCCACUAUUCCUCCUCCUCUUGUUUCUCCCCCCAGCGGCUCAGCAGCAGACUACUCCGUCCAUAUCCCUCCUCCCCUUGUUUUCUCCCCUCAGCGGCUCAGCAGCAGACUGCUUCGCCCUUAUUCCUCCGACUCUUAUACCUUUCCCCUCAUCUGCUCUGCAGCUGUCUCCUCCUCCUUAUGGCGACUUCUCUCGCCCUCCCCUCCCUCCCUCUGCUGGUCCUUCAACUCGCGCCUGAUGGCAGCGCAUGGCUUUAACCUCUGGUUUGUCACUCAGCAGAGUGGUUCUGGCGCCAUUCCUAAACCUGCCUCUACACCUACCUCUACCUCCUCUGAUCCCUAUGCUGAUGGCCUUCGUGCUGCUAUCGCUGAAACUGAGCGGAUUGCGGCCACGGCCCAAACCACUGCCGCGGCUGCUCCUAACAAUGCUGCUGCCCGUGACCUCGCUCGUGUUCUUUCUGAAUCCCUCGAGAGCACCCGCAAGUGCCUCACUGAGCACCUCGCUACCCCUUCUCCUCGCUCUGCCCCUAUGCCCUCUGCUUUUGCUCCAUCUCACUCUGACCUUCUCGCUGAUUGGCUUGUUGCCAAUGCACGUGCCAGCCAGGUCAUCCUUGCCUGCCUACCUCCAACCCUUCUCCCUCAGUGCUCGCACAUCCGCUAUGCCAAGGACCUUCUCGGCUAUCUCACUGAGCGCUUCCAGUCGCAGACUCUCAUCAGUGUCAUUGCCCUCUUACGCAAGCUCACUUCUCUUCGCCUUGCUGAAUUCACCACCAUGGCGGACUAUAUCGCUCGUAUGCAGACGCUGUCCUCUCAACUUGCUGCUCAAAAGUUCGAACUUUCUGAUCAUGUCUGCGGUGCCCUCAUCCUCACAGGCCUCACUCCUGAAUACAGUGUUCAUGUCACCCUGUAUGGUGAGCGCCCCGCCGACUAG